UCCAGCAUGGUGACCUUCUGUCUGCACCAUACAGUCUCUGGUCUGUACGAGCUGCAGACCCAUGAGAGGAACAUGACCACACUGUAAGAGCUGCAAGUGACAUUUCUUCAUGGUAAGCUCUUGUAUUUAGUUGAGCUGUUUAUUAAUAUGGAAUACAUCUCGAUUAUAAUAACGGCAGCUGCUUUCUAGGUGUAUUUCCCUGAACGGGAUCUCAGGACAUUUCCUUUACUUUAUACACUCUGUUAUAAUCCGGAGUUAUGACUCUACAAAUGCCCAGUGCUGGAUUACUGUUGGUGCACAGACUGGUGAGGGUUUGCACAGGCAGUCAGAGACAUGUCAGACACAGGGACUCACUCGUUAAACUCACUAAAAGUAGAAGUGGGAUAAGAACUUGUUUAACUGGUUCUGUGAAACAUAACGAGAAGGAGAGCGAGGACUCAGACCCUUCAGGCCCGAGCACCAGGCUGACACCCGGACAAGCGCUGCCGGGCAGGAGGAGACACCUGUCCCCUCUUGAGAGGAUCAGCAGUCUGCUGCCUCAGGAUGAUCUGAGCCCGGAGGUGAUGCAGCUGAGAGAGCAGAACCAGGAGGGAGCUGAGGACAACUCCAAUACACUGGCGUCACUCACACACUGCCCACAAGAGCAGAGUGGACAUCCUGAGACAGCACCUAGAGAGGAUGGAUCAGAUGACCAUCAUGCAUCUGGUGCCGCUGCAGAACCAAACCCUUCAGAGAGGUGCUCACUUGCCUCUCUCCCAGGGGAAAAGAUGCUUGUGUCCGGGGAGCUGCUUGUCGCUGAGUAUUACAAGAAAGGGUUCGUGGAGUUCAGGAAGAUGUUCAAUCUUCAGACUGGGAGUCGCCUGCACAGCAGCUGGGGGUUUAUCCCGCACGAUGACAUGGUCGGGCAGCCUGCGGGUCGGUUCCUGAAGUCUACCCUGGGCGUUCCCUUCCUCAUUCGGCGUGCCAGUCUGGAGGAUUAUGUGCUGUACAUGAGGAGGGGGCCUGCCAUCGCCUACCCAAAGGAUGCAAACGCCAUGCAGCUGAUGAUGGACGUCACAGAGGGAGACAGUGUGCUGGAGUCAGGCUCUGGAUCAGGGGCCAUGUCUCUGUUUCUGUCCAGAGCAGUGGGGUCUAAGGGCAGCGUGCUGAGUGUGGAGGUCAGGGAGGACCACCACAAGAGAGCUGUAACAAACUACAAACGCUGGAGGACAUCAUGGAGCCUGCGUCGGGGGGAGGAGUGGCCCGACAACGUCCAGUUUCACAUCGCUGACCUCUGCACGGCCUCCUCGCUGCUCGCUGGGCAGGCAUUCCAUGCGGUUGCUCUGGACCUGGUGAACCCUCACCUGGUUUUACCCACUGUGAUUCCACAUCUGUACCCUGGAGCUGUGUGUGCCAUCUACCUCGCCAAUAUAACACAGGUUAUUGACCUGCUGGAAGGCCUCCGCUGUAUGCAGCUCCCAUUGCUGUGUGAACACAUCAUCGAGGUUCCAGUGCGACACUGGCUGGUGGCCCCGGCUAUGCAGAAAAAUGGCCAGUUCUGCACCAGGAAACCUCCACCCCUGGAUGAAGAGCACAGUGAGGAGGAGGAGGCGGUGACAAAUGAAACUGACAAAGAAGAGUUGACCCCAGAUGGACGUCCAGCCUUCGGGAUUGUUCCAUAUAUCGCCAGACCUCACCCUGUACAAUUAAGCCACACAGCAUUCCUGGUGAAACUGAGGAAGUGUGGUCAGUAGCUGGGAGUCCUGGAUGAAAAUUAUUUAAUAUUCCAUCCUUACUGUAAAUAAUUUGUAAAAUAAAACCAAU